UCCUCAGGCAUGGCUUGCCCUAGAAGGAACCGAGCUGUAAUCAUUGUCAACUAUCAAUUCCUCCAAGCCAAAGAAAGACUUAAAUCAAGAUUGGGGGCCAGAAGAGAAGCAGACAAGCUUUUUAAAGCACUUUCCAACUGCAAUUAUGAUGUGAAAAUAUUUCUGGAUUUGACAGCCAAACAAAUAGAAGAAGUGUAUGAGGAAGAAAGCCAGGCAGAACAUGGGAAAUAUUUUGUGAGCAUCCUUUCAAGCCACGGAGAAGAAGGCAGCAUAACGGACUGCCAAGGACAAGCAGUAAAGCUAACUCGCAUUUAUAAGAUCUUAUCUCCCGAAAGGUGUCCAUAUUUGGUCGGAAAGCCCAAAAUCUUCUUCAUACAGGCGUGCCGUGGAAAUAGAUUUGAUGACGGCAUCUACAUAGAAACAGAUAGUGGCGCGUCAGAUGAAGACUGUUUUUUACAUUACCUGUCUAUUCCCGAAAAUACUACUGUCAUGUUUUCUUGCAGCCCAGGCUAUGUUUCAUUCAGCAAUCAGUGGGAAUCCAUGUUCCUCAAAGCAUUACUGGAAGUCCUAGAAGGAGAGAAAAGGAAAAUGGAAAUCACCCAACUCAUGACUUGGAUUAACUGGAAGAUUGCUUUCUUUUGUGAAGCAAAAGGAAGUGAAUACAAGGGCAAAAAGGAGAUGCCCUGCUUUGUCACAAACAUGGUGGAGGAGAUUAAACCUUUCGAGCAAGACAGGGAAUGCUCGGAUUAUCUAGAUCACUGAAAGCCUACA